ACUUUUUCUUUAAAAUCACUCCAAAAAUCCAAUUUUUCCCACUGUCUCAUUUAUUACAGCUUCAGCGUGUUGUACCAUUCAAAAACACACCUCACUUCUUCACUGCUUAUUAUUAUCUGACAGGAUUUCAAUCCGAGGCUCCCAACAUUUCAACCUUUUUUCUUGCUGCAAUUUGUACAUUUACUUGAUACAGAAACGGUUUUGGCUCAUAAAAAUUGCAUCUUUGUAAAGAGGGUAGCUCGAACGAUCCUCGUUGCAACUUGGCUGUCAUCUUGUGCUGAAUUCUGAUUUACAUACAUGAAUAUGGUGUUCAUGUAUAAAUAGGUCUAAAGAAGAGGCUGGUUGUCUUGAGAGAAUGAAUACAAUUGCGGUGUGUUUUUGCAAUUGCAGAGGUAAAUUUUGAUACAGAAUAUGAUGUUCUAUCUUGUCCUUUAAGUUGCAACAUUUGAAUGUGUUUUGGCAUCGAAUUGCAAAGAUGGGAAUCGAGAAGCAAAGCUCCAAGAGUGGAAAUUAUGUUGGUGGCUUCCUCCAACUAUUUGAUUGGAAUGCAAAAUCUCGAAAGAAGUUGUUCUCAAGCAAGUCAGAUUUUCCCGAGAAAUCCAAGCAGAAAAAGAGAUGUGAUGGAAACUUGCCAACGACACGCCUUCAAAUGAUGGACGAGGAUGAGGUUGCAGCUCGACCAAGUAUGAAAGGAAGUAGCGUUUAUAGCUGUGCUUCAUCUGUAACUGAUGAGGACUCGUAUGGAAGCAAGGGCCCCGGAGUUGUAGCACGACUCAUGGGAUUGGAUCCCUUGCCAAAAUCGAAUGUGCUCGAUCCCGAAACGCCAUUUUCCUAUACUCACUCUCUUCCUGGCUCGUAUUACCAAUCUCAGAAUCUUGAUUAUCGUCAAGACCCUCAGAUCAUGCAGUCGAGCACCUUGCAGCAGCAGGCCUGUAUCCAAGCUGAUACAAAGCCUAAGCAUCCGAAGGUGAAGCAAAGGCCAAUUGAGAAGUUUCAGACCGAGGUUCUGCCACCACGAUCAGCUAAAUCGAUCCCCAUCACCCAUCACAAACUACUAUCUCCUAUAAAAAGCAAGAUUUCGAUACCACCUAAGGAUGCUGUUCACAUCAUGGAAGCAGCUGCUAGGAUUCUUGAUCCGGGGCCUAAGGUGAGUAAGAAACCUGUGCUACCUUUAGCUGGUUCGUCUCUGAGAGUGAAAGAUUCGAAAGAGAAGGUCCAAGCAGCACAAAAGCCUUUCAUAAAACCAUCUGAAGCUUCUCAGAGGUCGAGAGGUGUCAAGCACGUUAGGGGAAGCUCCAUGAAUAAGAGCUCGAAUAGUGGUUCCGUAGAUGCAAUGUCAGUUAGCAGUUUGCAAGAUUCUGCUGAAGUUACUUCUGGUGUAAAGUGUAACAGAAAGUCCAUUUCACUUGCACUGCAGGCUAAGGCCAAUGUCCAGAAACGAGAGGCUCUGAGCUCGACUGGCAGCAAGGCGUGUGCCAGCCAGUCCGAGGCAAAUGUGUUCGGUCCAAACAUGUUCACGAGCCAAUCGGGGACACGGAAAAAUGCACUCAACAAGAAACCAUCCACGCACAAAAAUUCCACCGUGCUUCGACAGAAUAAUCAGAAGCAGAACUGCAUUGUUGAUAGAGGGAAGCUGCCUUUGAAGUCCAACUCACCAGGUGGGGGACGAGUUGGUGGAGAUCAGUCUUCUGCAAGGCAACAGAACUCGAGUAAACCUUUAGGCACCUCCAAAGUAAGCUCUAGGAAGUCAAGCCUAGAGGUUAGAGACGACAAAAGCAAUUCAUCGUCUUGUAGCUCAGAAAGAGUCACUCGUAAAAAGAGAUCCAUUGAAGGGAAAGUUAUGCAAUCUACUGAUAUCAUGGAUACACGAAUUAGUGGAGGAUCGGAUGUCAUCUCUUUCACGUUCACUACUCCAAUGAGGUCGACUGAGUUUCAAGAAAACAGCAAGGCCUUCCCAGUGGAUUCUCCUAGUAAAAGGAUGAUGCUGAAUUCAGAUGGUAUGGCUGCUUCAAAGUUCACUUUCUUGGGACAUAACGUCAAAGGAGGCGAUUCUUUAACCACGUUUCUAGAGCUGCAGCUUAAAGAAUUGGCUCAUAAGGUAGAAUUCUCCCAUCAGAAAUCAACGCCAGUUUCUCUAAAGAGCUCAAGCAUGCUAGGAGACCAUAAAACGAGAAAUGGAGAUUAUUCGUUUGAUCCUUUAGGCCAGCCGAGGUCUAGUUUGCACACCCUUCGACACUUUGAGGCCAUUAGUGGACAGAAGAGCAUAUCAGAAGACACAACAUUUCUCAAUCACCGGCUUCCAAGUCCAGUUUCUGUUCUUGAACACUCUUUCUUCCCAGAGAGCUGCAAUUCAUCAGAUAGUGCGGGCAGUAACCGUUGUACAGAAGGUGGUAAUAAGAGUCUAUCCCUUCAAUCUGAGGACUCACUCAGUAGGCAUUCCACGAACACGUUCCUUUCGUGUGAAGUAGAUUUUGACCUAUCAGACUCAGCUUCUUCGACAUCUGCUGGAACUGUAGCACAAAGGCGAGAGACCACCUUAACCUCAUCCAAAUAUGGAAAGCCAAGCAGCUGGGAACUCGACUACGUGAACAAGAUGCUAUGUGGCAUUGAGGUUAUGUUUAAGGAUUAUGCAAUGGGAAGGUGUAGUGAGAUCAUCAGCCCUCGUCUGUUUGAUCAACUGGAAAGCUGCAAGAAGUACUUCAACAGCUGUGAGCUAGUCUCAAGCCCGAGCAGAAGGCUAGUGUUUGACUGUGUGACAGAAUCCCUGGAGACGAGAUGCAGAGGAUACGCUGCAGGAGGGUAUGAGUUGUGGGCUAAGGGUGUGAGCACGAUGAAUAGGAAGGAGAGACUAGCUGCAGAUGUGUGUAGAGAGAUUUCGAAAUGGAGUGGCAUGGGAGACUUCAUGGUCGAUGAGCUCGUGGAGAGCGACAUGAGCUGCAGCACGUACGGGAAAUGGCUCGACUACGACGUCGAAGUGUUCGAACUCGGGGUACAGAUAGAGUCGCGCAUUCUUAAUUCUUUGAUAGAUGAAGUAGUUGCUGAUAUGUUGGUUCUUUAAUAACUUUGAACACCAAUCAUCAUAUAGUGUGCUUCGUUUUUUGAUU